AUGACGGAGGAGGAGGAGGAAGAAGAAGAAGAAGAAGAAGAAGAAGAAGAAGAAGAAGAAGAAAAAGAAGAAGAUUGUGGUGGGAGCAAUUGGUGGAAGUUGCAGGAGACCACCCACGUCGCUUCUCGCAACACUAUGGAGGCACAGGAGAGCAGCAUCGGCAUUGAUUCGACGAAAACGACAAAGACUGACUUACUUACUUGCACUUUAUACAGCUGUGUUUAUGCUGGUCUAGAAGACCUCCAUAAUGUCACUGAUUUAGAUCUCCACGCCUGA